AUGGCGGCUAUCAUCUUUGCGUGGCCGAUUGGCUGGUUCUUCUCGUCCGCCCUUUUAUUUUUCCUCGGCCUACGACAUGAAUCUAGACGACGAAGAAUAAUUCUAGCCGCCCUUCACGUACUUGCAGUUGCUGCAAGCCUGGGGGCCAGUGGCGAGGCCUUACGCAAGCUGCCCCUGCUUGCUGUGCCUUUUGUCAUCGGAGUGACGGCGCACACGACUUCUAUCCUGCUCCUGGACAAGGGAACUAGUACGGCUGGUCUUUCACUCUCUGCGCAGCUAAAGGCAACGACCCUUCUCUGGUGCAAUAUCCGGAGGCUGGAGCCCUGCGGCUCCCGGCCCGCCACGGGAUCAACGCUGGGAUGCCAGCGCCGCAUCUCGUUCGGUCUAGGUCGCAUCUCGAGAACCCUGGUCUUCUGGCUUGUUGACUGGUCGAUAUCCGAGAUUCUACUCUUCCGGACACUGCGCUCCCUCCCUCUCGGGAUCCACAGCUUUGCGCCCGACAAGCGGACCGUCCUUCCGAGUCCCUGGACUUCUCCAGGGCUCGCAUACUCGGACUAUGUUCUCCGAGCCAUCACGAGCAUGCACUGGAUAUGGAUCACAUACUGCGGCUUGACGAUGAUGCACCAUUUGUCAGCCGCACUCUUCGUCUCGGUGUUGAGUUGGGAAUCUCCCAGCAACUGGGCGGGACCACCGCUUUUCGGCUCCAUCUGGGAUGCCUACACUCUCCGCCGCUUCUGGGGCGUCUUCUGGCACCGGCUGCAUGUCGUUCCAUUCGCGGCUUACACGCCGCCUCUGCCCAAGGCGCUUCGCGCUCUGUGGGUCUUCUUGCUUUCUGCGGCUGGUCACGCGCUGGUGAACUGGGUCAUGUAUCGCAGGGGGUAUGCAGCAUCCGAGUUCUCGUUUUUCGUCCUGAAUUGGGCCGUGUGCUUGUGCGAACAUGUUAUUGGCGUGGAUGGCGGGAGGAUGUCUGGCAGACUCGCCAGUAAGCCCCCGUCGACGACUAGGCGAAUCGCCGGUCUCUUCUCCGUAUGGCUGUUCUUCUUUUGUACCGUACCGGCGUGGCAGUAUCCUGAAGUUUAUGACAGGUCCUGA